AUGGUACAGCUUAGCGAGGCAUGCAUGUCUUCUCUGUUGCUGUGUGAAAGGCUUUGUUCGUUCGCCACGUUGCAUGCAAAAUUCGCUCCAGUGUUUGUUUACAUUUUCAGCUCCAGCCUCCAGACUGCGUCCAACAUGAAUGCUCUUCCUGGCCGUUGGUUGAUCUUUUUUCUCCCCACUUCCCCAUUUUCCCCCAGCCUUUGCCGCCCGCCUUGUCUCCUUGCUCACUUGCCUUGCUUGCGCGCCCGUUUGUUCGUCUCCACAAUGCUCGAUUUGUUUGUCUGUUUGUCGCCCAGCUCCCCUCAAAGCCAAUCAGCCCCAGCCGCAAGCAACCCUUCUGCUCGUCCACUCUUUCAAUUUCGCCUAAUGGCCAAUCUAGGCCGACCUGGCAUGUGUGUAUGCACACUCUCUCACAAACUCACGUGCAUGAUGCUUAUUUAUCAUGUGGGCUCAUCUGCUUCGGCCGGGAGCCGAGUUUAA